UGGCCGGUUUGUGUGUGUUUUCAUUCCAGUAUGGCGGCGCUUGUUGCGGAGGAGGACAACUUACUUUAAAAUUGUCCGUCAUAUAACUCGGAUGGUUUGGAGCACUUUAUUUACUUUGUUUUGAUCUUCAUUUGGACCGGGGGGACCUGGGUGAAAACCCGUAGACUAACCCGAGUUUUGUGGAAAAAAGAGGAGAAUUAAAAACAGAAACGCUGCUGCUGCUGCGACGGAGAGUCGACUCCGAGUCUAUUAGCACAGGUUGCUAAGCUAGCGCUAAAGCCGUAACGCGGCUAGCUAACGGGCUACGCGGCUUCGCAUUCGAGUGAGUAUCUCAAGGAGAAAGUUCAUGACUUGUAGUUUAACGAAUGGGAUAACACAGUAGGUACGUUAUUUAGGAAUUUGGGAUUAUAGAACAGACUCGUUAAAGCUGAACUUUACUACCUCGCGAGCUCUGUUAGCUCUGUUUCUCCAAGUUACUCUGCAGGCAGCUAAGCUACUUCCAGACGCCGUAGUUGUGCUAGCGCGCUCGUGCACUUAGCUAGCUAACAUGCCGACCAAACACUUCAUUCUGUAUGUGUGGCCUGGUUGAGCGUUAAAUCCUGUUAGCCGUGAUAGAUUAUGUUUAGAGGCAGGUGUAUGUUUUGUAUCAGAGCAGAGUUCAGCCUAAGCUAAGCUGGGUUCAUCUUGUGUCUUGAGAUAGUAACCUCAUUUGGCCUUAAACCAUAUUUGUGAAUCAUUUUGACUGGAAACAACGCGAACCGAUUCGUGAACCGAGCCAACAGGUUACCAAGCGCGAGACAUCUCACAUUUUAUAGGCUAUCAGAUUGUUUUUAGGAGUUAAUGUUCAGAUUUUUGAUGAAGCAAGGGUUGUGUGUAAGGAUCGUGGUUCUUGCCCUGAGUUGUAAGUUAGAGUAACAUUUCCAUGCUUAAAGGCGAUGCAAAGUUUGGAGCUGCAGUCCUUGGAUUUCGUUUGACAUCAUGGUGGAUUUGGAAGUCGGGAUUGUAAGAAGAAGAAGGAGGCUCGUAGAGGACAUUAUGUAGUCGGAUUAUUUGGAAACGCAGCCUGUUUUUCUGCACCGUUUUUUUGUAGUAUACGAUGCACAUUUAUCUGGGAUCCGCGAGCAAAACGCGACGUCGGCUCCUUUAUUUUUAAAAAAAAAAUAGACAGGAAAAUCAGAAGGUGUGUCACUCUGGAUCAAGAAGCCCUGCCUUUCUCCUCUGGUUGGAGUAGUACACUCAAGCCGUCAUCAAUGCCUUCGGCGCUGGCCGUGUUCACCUGCCGCCCGAACUCGCACCCGUUUCAGGAGCGCCACGUCUACCUGGACGAGCCGGUGAAGAUCGGGCGCUCGGUCGCGCGCUGCCGCCCGGCCCAGAACAACGCCACCUUCGACUGCAAGGUGCUCUCCAGGAACCAUGCCCUCGUCUGGUUCGACCACAAGACAGGCAAGUUUUAUCUCCAGGACACCAAGAGCAGCAAUGGCACCUUCAUCAACAGCCAGCGCCUGAGCCGGGGCUCUGAGGAAAGUCCCCCGUGUGAGUUGCUCUCCGGUGACAUCAUCCAGUUUGGGGUAGAUGUGACGGAGAACACGCGCAAAGUCACUCAUGGCUGCAUAGUGUCGUCCAUCAAACUCUUCCUUCCAGAUGGCAUGGAAGCUCGACGGCGAUCAGAUGUCAUUCAAGCACCACUACCACUACCUGUUGAUAAGGUUGCCGCAAAUACGCCCAGUAUGUACUCUCAGGAACUGUUUCAGCUGUCCCAGUACCUGCAGGAGGCCUUACACAGGGAGCAGAUGCUGGAGCAGAAGUUAGCCACGCUGCAGAGGCUCCUGGCCAGCACACAGGAGGCCUCUAUGAGCAGCUGGCAGGCUUUAAUUGACGAAGACCGGUUACUCUCAAGAUUGGAGGUGAUGGGGAACCAGUUGCAGGCAUAUUCAAAAAACCAAACGGAGGAUGGCAUCCGAAAGGAGCUUGUAGCCUUAACGGAGGACAAACUCAAUUACGAGACUACAGCCAAAGAGACGCUGAAGCGGGUCCUUGAGGAGAAAAUCGAGGUGUCUAGGAAGCUGUCCGAAGUGGAGCGGACUCUCAGUAACACAGAAGAUGAAUGUACGCACCUGAAGGAGAUGAACGAGCGAACUCAGGAAGAGCUGAGAGAGCUGGCCAACAAGUACAAUGGAGCUGUGAACGAGAUUAAAGAUCUCACUGACAAGAUCAAGCUGGCUGAAGGCAAGCAGGAAGAGCUCACACAGAAAGGCCAGAACGAAAAGAAAGAGCUGCAGCUGCGAAUCGAGGAGAUGGAAGAGAAAGAGCAAGCACUUCAAGCUCGCAUCGAGGCACUACAGGCAGACAACGACUUCACCAACGAGAGGCUCACAGCUCUUCAAGUCCGGUUAGAGCAACUACAGGAGAAAAGCAUAAAGGAAAACAACAGUUUAGACCACUUUCUUUUAAAGAGUGGAGGGGACUGCACUUUAAUCCAACAGUUCAUUGAGUGCCAGCCCGUGAAGCAGCUGAAAGGAGCCGUGGAUUCGUCCAUUCACAAACUGUCAAACUUUGACGAGGUUAUAGAUGCACAUCUUCAGAAUAACCAAACGGAUGACAACAUUUUCACCAGUCCAGAGAAACUAAAAGUGGUGUCUUCCAACCUGCCCACAGAAAAUCAGAUAGAUGCUAAAGAGUCUGAUAUGUCAGACACACUGAGCCCCAGCAAGGACAAAAGCAGUGACGAUACUUCAGACGGACAAAUGGAUGAACAGGAGCUGAAUGAACCACAAAACAGGGUUGCCCUGAUUAAAGAUGAGCUGCAAAGGGCCAACCUGGAGCCUGGAGACACAGAGCAGGUCAUCCACCAGUUGCAUAGCGAGCUACUAGAGGCGCAGGAGCUCGCCAACACUGGCAAGCAGAAAUGUCUUGAGCUACAAGCUCUGCUUGAAGAGGAAAGGAGAACCAACAGGCAGCAGACUGAAGAAUCAUCUAAACAGAUCCAGUACCUGCAGAACCAGCUCGCCAAGCUGCAGUCAGACAUGGAGGCCCUGCGCGAGCAGAGAGAGAACACCAUCUCCAACACACGGGAGGAACUCUACAGUGCCCAGGAGGAGGUGCUUGUGCUCCGCCAUGCCAUGGAGGUGGCCACGGCCGAGAGGGAGCGUGACAUCGCCGCCCUGCAGGCAGACCUCACCGCUGUCACGGCUGAACUCGACAAGUGGAGAAAAGCGGCGACCAACUAUGAGCUGGAGAUCAGCGCACUGCAGGAGAACUUCAAGCUGCAGAGCCAGCACCAGGAGCGAACCUUGCAGCUACAAGGUGAGCUAGAGAAGUUGCAGUCCGAGUGCUCGUCCCUGCAUAGAGAGUGUGAGUCUCUGCGCUCGGAGAAAGUAACUCUGCUGGAGAAACUGCACAGGCUUGAGGUGGAGCUGAGCAGCUCCAGAGAGCAGAGUGCCACUCUGAGCAGCAGCCUGAAUGCGCUGGAGAAGAGCCAGGGAGACCUGGAGAACAAACUGGGUUCCAUGCAGGACCAGCACCAGCAGGACGCCAGCAGGCUGAAGGUGGAGCUCACCCAGGCCGAGAACCGCACCAAGAGCCUGCAGAAAGAGUAUGAGGACACUCAGAGCCAGCUGUCAGACCUGAGGCAGAGGUAUGAGCAGACAGAGCAGGAGAAGCGCUCCAUUAAUGAUGAGCUGGAGCAGUGCAAGGUCAAUCUGAAGCUGCUGCAGGAGCAGGGCAAGAACCCAUCCAUAUUGCAGCCUGUCCAAGCCAUUUUCAUCGGCCUUAUCCUGGCUUUGCUGUAUUGGUGCUUCGGCCAAAUGUGGUAGAAAGAGUGGUUGGAUGCCCUGGAUGCCGGUGGUCGCCGUGAUGGUCGCCGUGACGGCAGUGGUGCUGUAUCCCAGCCUAUCGAAGAGCUCCUCCUGAGGCAGAUAACCAAUCACAACACAGCAUGGCUCACUCUGUCACCCCUAUGUCAUGUUUUAAUCCCGAGGUCAGGCCUAUUCCAGACUCAUUACCUCCGAAUGUGAGAACGCAGCUCCAGGGUGUCCAGCGUGACUGUAUAAAGUACAAAUGUACAUAUUAUAGAAAAAGAGGGGGUAUAAAUGGUCUAACUUCUGUUAUAGAUGAAAUAAAUAUAUAUGCUUUUUUCAGUUAGAUGGGAAUCUUGAUAAUUAAAGUGGCCUAAACUAGGCUUUUUUUUCUCUUCCUCAUGGGUACCAAACGUUUUCUGUUCACAUUUUUGUGUGGUUUGCCAUGUUAGAUGUUAAUGUGGUAUUCCGAAUAGAUGCAAAGCCGAAUUAUAAUCUUAAAAGAUUGGGCACAAAGAGGUGAAGUGCCUGAUUUAACUACUACUAGAUACAUGUAACACACACACACACACACACACACUCUUGUCCUCAGUGAAGUGCCACUCAUGCUCCACUAAUGCGGUGUUUCAUUCGGUUGAAAUGUCUGGAAAUCGUUCAGUCCUGUGUGCUGUGAUUGUGAAUUCCAACCGACCUGUUACACCAACGAGCAGCACAGUAAGGUCAUUGUACUCUAGUAUAGUUUUCUUUGUAUCGUGUACUUUAAAAGGAAAUAUUCUUGUGAGAGACACUACAGGACUUUUCUAAUUCAAAUUCCUUGAGAUGUAGAGACUCAUUGUCAGUGUGAGGUGGUGAAGAACAUUGACUUGGGUGUAUUGUAGCUUUUAAGAACACACUGUCCUGCCGUUGGGAUUUGGUGGGACACGCUCUCUCCGUUUUGAAGAUUCAGGCUCGUCACUGAGCGCUGCAGUUCCUUGAUAUACAUAUACAGACUGUUUUUCAGUACCUCCUGAACCAGGCCCUGGGAUCUCGCUGCCUUAUCUGUAACAUGGAGAUCUAGCUCUUGUUUUAGGACGAAUUGGUAAAGUCUUUAAAAAAAUAAGUGCUAAAUUGUGGGGUUUUUGCAUUGUUUAAAUGUCUACUUAACUGAAGCACAGUAAUGUGGAGUGGAUUUCUUUAUGGUGUAAUUAACGGGUUAAUGGGAAUAAAUAAAUGGUCAAACUUGGAGUUGGAAUUGAGCAGUGUAUGUGCUGGAGAGAAAUAAUCCAAUGAUUUAUAUGGUGUUGGUUCACAUUUUGUCUGCUGCGCUGUAAAUAAACUCUCGGUCAUGGAGCAAAUGGCCUAAUGUUCCACCUUGUCAAUAAAUGUCCUUCUAUUUUAUUUUAUUUUAUUUGAAUUGCAAAGCUAAAUAAAAACAUCUAUGGGAAUUUAAAAAAAAAAAUGCAAAGCAUGGUGUAGCACAGAGAGGUUCACUCUGAAAGUUCCCCAAAGCAUCAAAGGUCAUCUCUGAGCACUGCGUCUUUGAGAACUUUUUUUUUUUUCCUAAAAGUUUAGUAUCAGACUUUAAAAGCUCUUCCAUCACACACAUCUAAGGCACGAUAAGAACAUCUGACCUUGGCAUUGUUUGUAAAUAUGUAUGUACGAAUGUAUGUGUGUAAAUGUAUAUAAUAUUCACAAAAUAAAGUUGAAUAUCAGUGGCACUGAUCACAUCAAAUGUUCUGCUGCAGUCAGUUUGCAAAGAAUGAAUGAAACUUUGCUCACAGUUUAGCAUGCUGUUUAAACAGUCUUAUCCGUUUUUCUUUUUCUUUUCUUUUUUUUUUUUCUUUCAACUAGACCAAUUUUUAUUGUUUGCUCUGGCUUUUUAAGAAAUGUUUUUUUUUAAUCAUCCACACACAGUGCAUGGUUGUUAUUCACCUAAAAGUGUUUGAACAAAGGAGACUGUUUCUUAAUGCAAAUUAAUUAUAUAUAUAUAUAUAUAUAUAUAUAUAAUUAAUUAUAUCAGGUUAAUGCAAGUUGUCACAAAUAGCAGAACACUAAUUCAAUUGGCAAAAGACGUUAAAUGUCUCAUUUGUAGCUGAACAGAAAAAGUACCGUUAUGGCAAUCUAAUUUGUUGAUUUGUUAGACGUACAGUAUGUAGCUUAAUCAUGCCAGUCCAGAACAGCCAAACAGCAAGAGCUAUACUCACUGUCCAUUUUAAUAGGAACACCUGUAAACCUGAUCAUUUAUGUAGUUACACAAUCAUUCAGUGUGGCAGCAGCGCAAUGCAUAAAAUCAUACAGAUACAGAUACAAGAGCUUCAGUUAAAGUUCACAGUAAACAUCAGAAUGGGGAAAAAGUGUGAUCUCUGUGACUAAUUGUGACAUGGUUGUUGGUACAAGAUGGGCUGGUUUGAGGAUUUCAGAAACUGCUGAUCUCCUGGGAUUUUCACACACAACAGUCUCUAGAGUUUACACAGAAAGGUGUGAAAAACAAAAAAACGUCCUGUGAGCAGUGUGUCUGCAGGCUGAAACACCUUGUUGAUGUGAGAGAUGAGAGGAGUAUGACCGACGUAUCUGAACUGACAGGAAGUCUAUAGUAACUCAAAUAAACACUCUUUGUAACCGUGGUGAGCAGAAAAGCAUCUCGGAACACACAGCACAUCAAAACUUGGGCACUUGGUUUUCUGCUAUUGCGCUGAUAUUGGGUUGCACUCUGUCAGCCAAGAACAAGAAUCUGAGGCUAUCAUGGGCACAGACUCGCUGCUAUUUUGUGUAUGCCGAGAUGCUUUUCUGCUCACCAUGGUUGUAACGAGUGAUUGAGUUACUGUAUCCUUUCUGGCAGCUUGAACCAAUCUGGAUUUUUUCCUCUGACCGUUCUUAUCAACAAGGCAUUUCCACCCACAGAACUGUUUUCACCACCAUUCUAUGUAAACUCUAGGGACUGUUGUGUGUGAAAAUCCCAGAUGAUCAGCAGUUUCUGAGAUACUCAAACCAGCCCAUGUGGUGCCUUGCUAUGGUUAAAGAAACACAGAUCACACUUUCUUCAUUCUGAUGUUUGAUGUGAACAUUAACUGAAUCUCUUGACCUGUAUCUGCUUAAUUUUAUGCAUUGCGUUGCUGCUACAUGAUUGGCUGAUUGGAUAACUGCAUGAAUGGGCAGGUGUUCCUAUUAAAGUGGACGGUGAGUGUAUUCAGAGUAACUACAGUCCACAAACUACAGUCUCGUGGUACAGCAUUCGGCCUGUAAAUACCUUUUGCUUUAUUCAUUUUUGUUUUGUUAAUAAUUUUGAACAGAUUGAUUUGAGAACAGUUCAGAAUUACUUUUCCUUAACAGAUAAUUGUUUGAAAUUCUAUUUUGUAAAGAGCACAGAGAGCUACAACAGAGUUUCUGGAAUACAGAGUUACAUAUUUGCACUAACACAAUGUGAUGUGCAUGGUUUUAAUAAAACAACUUUUCUCUCCUCGA